UUCUCAGAGUGAUCGUCUCCUUAUCAAAGGGGCGAAGAUUGUGAAUGAUGAUCAGUCCUUCCAUGCUGACAUCUAUAUGGAGGACGGGGUCAUUAAGCAAAUUGGGGAAAACCUGAUUGUUCCUGGUGGGGUGAAGACUAUUGAUGCCUAUGGUAGGAUGCUGAUCCCUGGUGGCAUUGACGUUCACACCCGAUUCCAGAUGCCCGACCGGGGCAUGACGGCUGCAGAUGAUUUUUAUCAGGGCACCCGUGCUGCUUUAGCUGGAGGAACCACCAUGAUCAUUGACCAUGUAGUGCCAGAGCCCGGUGUUAGCCUCAUAGCUGCCUUUAACCAGUGGAGGGAGUGGGCUGAUAACAAGUCCUGCUGCGACUAUUCACUUAAUGUGGAUCUCACUGAGUGGCACAAGGGUUUGCAGGAGGAGAUGGAGACCCUGGUGAAGGACCACGGUGUCAACUCUUUUCUGGUUUAUCUGGCCUAUAAGGAUUUUUUCCAGCUCAAUGAUACCCAGAUGUACGAGGUGUUCAGUGUGAUCCGAGACCUGGGAGCCGUCGCCCAAGUGCACGCCGAAAACGGUGACAUCAUUGCUGAGGAGCAGAAGAGGAUCCUGGAGCUGGGAAUCACUGGGCCGGAGGGUCAUGUUCUCAGUCGCCCAGAGGAGGUGGAGGCCGAGGCAGUCAACCGGGCAGUAACGGUGGCAAAUCAAACCAACUGCCCGUUGUAUGUCACCAAGGUGAUGAGCAAGAGUGCCGCAGAUGUCAUCGCUCAGGCCAGGACAAAAGGCACUGUUGUAUAUGGUGAGCCUAUCUCUGCCAGUCUGGGUACUGAUGGCACUCACUAUUGGAGCAAGAACUGGGCUAAGGCAGCUGCUUAUGUGACAUCUCCACCCCUCAGCCCAGACCCCACCACCCCCGAUUAUCUGAACUCCCUGCUCUCCUGUGGUGACCUGCAGGUAACUGGCAGCGCCCAUUGCACCUUUAACACCUCACAGCGUGCUGUGGGCAAAGACAACUUUACUCUCAUCCCAGAGGGCACUAAUGGUACUGAGGAAAGGAUGUCCAUCAUCUGGGACAAGUGUGUGGUAACUGGUAAAAUGGACGAGAAUCAAUUUGUGGCUGUGACCAGCACCAAUGCCGCCAAAAUCUUUAACCUGUACCCACGCAAGGGCCGCAUCGCUGUGGGCUCUGAUGCUGACCUGGUACUGUGGGACCCUGACGUUACCAAGAUCAUCUCUGCCAAAAGCCACAACUCGGCUGUGGAAUAUAACGUUUUUGAGGGUGUGGAGGUGCAUGGUGGUCCCCUGGUGGUCAUCAGUCAGGGGAAGAUUGUUUUGGAGGACGGGAACCUGCACGCUAUAGAGGGAUCAGGGCGCUACAUCAGUCGCAAGCCCUUUCCUGACUAUGUCUACAAGAGAAUAAAGGCUCGCAGUAGGCUUGCUGAGCUGCGUGGGGUCCCACGUGGUCUUUAUGAUGGUCCGGUGUGUGAGGUCACCGUGACACCUAAAAUAAUGACUCCUGUGACCUCCAACAAGACCUCUCCCACCAAGCCAACCCCUCAACCCAUUCGUAACCUGCAUCAGUCUGGAUUCAGCCUGUCUGGAGCACAAAUCGAUGACAAUGUUCCUCGCCGCACCACCCAACGCAUUGUGGCACCUCCCGGUGGCAGGGCCAACAUCACCAGCCUCGGUUGAAUGUCCAACCUCCCCAUACCAGAAAAGAAGGGGUGGCAGGGGGUAAAGAGAACCAAGGGGUUUUGCCUUGGUAUCACUUCUACCAGUUAGUGCCCCACCAAGCCCCUGCAGCUACACAUCAUUUCUCCACUCCUACAUAAUUCAUCCACUUGUGUUUCUAAAUAUUUUUUUGUAUUUUAUGUUUUCAGUAUUGUUUUCAGUAUUUUAUCUAAAAAGAAAUGUAAUCCAGGCAGAAGUGUGUAUUUUCCAUGAUGAGUACAGCUGAUUUAGUUUUAUUUAUUGGUGAAAUGUGGGUCACAAA